AUGAUUUCUAAUAAUAACAAUGGUGUCUCGGACACGAAUGUUCUUUCUAUCAAUCAUGUUGUUCACUUGAUUGACUCUUUGGAGGUUUACACAGAAAAGUUAAGUCCAAUAGUAGAGGAUUUACUAGAGCAAGGAGAAUCAUGUAGAAAUAGGACAAAUUCCUUUUCACAAACACAUUUAUACAACAACAAUACCCCUUGUAUUGGUCUUGAUUGUGAAGGAUCUCCUGAUCUAGUCAAGCAAAGUGGAACACUAUGUAUUAUACAAAUAUCUUUAAUUAACAAAUUACAUCCUGAAAUUCUAGAUAUUUACAUUAUUGAUGUAUUUAAAAUUGGAGGACAAGAGUUAUCAAACAAGACCAAUCUCCGAAAACUCCUAGAGUCCAAAACAGUACUAAAAGUAAUCCAUGAUGGUAGAAGAGAUUCGGAUGUUCUCUUCUAUCAAAUGAAUGGAACCAAACUAAAUUUCACAUUCGACACACAAAUUGCUGAUGUUUCUAUAAGACAAAGUCAUGUAUUCUAUUCUCUAUAUAAGAGUAAUAACACUGUUUUAUCCUUAUUUGAAUCAAACUUCUUGCCCAAGUUUGUCAAGUGGUUUUGUUACAUCGAUUUGAUUACAGGAAAUAGCUCACCUGAACACUAUGGUGACAUGUUGAAGGGAUUCAUGACUGAUUUGGAAGAUUUUGUAAAGGAAACCUAUAACAAGCAAAACUAUAAGCAAGCUCCAGAACUUCAAGCCGACUGUGCUCGUUCCAUUGCCAACAUGAUUGUAAAUGCAGCCCAUAGUUUCAAGUCACAUGAAAGAAAAGAUGCCCAUAUAGCAGCUAAAUUUUGUAGAGAUGUUACAAAUAAUGUUAGGAAUAGUGUAUUUUUCCAAAAGGAUGGAAAGGACAAGUUUUUGAAAGCCUUCAAGGAUCAAAUCAUAGAAAAGACUAUUGAAAAAUUCACAUCAACACUUUCUAAAGCUAAUUUUGACGAAUACCAAUCUAGAAACCAUUUAAAUAGUCAAAGUGCCAAACAUAAUAGUUCUAUAUUACCUACCAGCUCUGAACUAAUUAGCAAAACAGUGGCUACCAACAUGUUUGAAAGAACUGGUUUUCUUAACAUUAUAUUUAUUGUAAAUUUAUAUCACCUAAGAGUUAUUGAGAGAAAAUUAUUUAUUGAAAAGAUAUUGGACGUGUUAAUAUCCCAAGAAAUUGAAUCCAAUCUAGAGUUGACUUACUAUAUUGUCAGAUUAAAUUAUUUGGUAGUCUUUCUCAGUGAAAAGAACAUUGAGGACGAUGAUUGUAUAAAUGAUAAUCUGGAAAACUUGCGAGAAACUAUCAAAUCUUGGAUGAAUACUGAGCAAGCAGUAUUGUCACCGUCUAGCCCUUAUUUGAAUGCUGCCAAAGGUGAAGCAACUGUUUCAACUGAAUUGUUUACUAACAUUGAUGCUAAUGUAAAUAUUGUCUCCCUGGAUAUUGUAAAUAUUAACGAAAAAUGGCAAUUGAAACAACUUUCACAACCUAGUACUAUUGUGACUAAUAACAACACCAACAACCUAGGAAUGUUUGUAACUCACUACCCAAUCACUAACUAUUUCAAGAUUAAGGGAUUGGUUCGAUUACUACACGACUUUUGUAUGAUAGAUUAUUCCUCCAAGAAAACCAUUCAAGAACAAGUAAUAUCUGAGGAAACUUACUGGAAAACGAGACCUUUGAGUAGUGAUCAAUUGGAAGGAGCUGCGUUGGACGUAAAAUAUUUGCUCUUCCUCUAUGAAACACAAAGAUUACACCUCAUGAACAAAAAGUUUAAACCUGGUAAUGAAAGCCCUUCCCUAGCGUCAACAAUUAUCAGAAGAAGCUAUCUAUAUGAUGGAACCUUGAGAGAUUAUGAAUUUCCAUACCUUACAGAAGAAAGAAAAGAAUACUUGAGGGAAAAUGGUGUAAUGGACGAUGGAUACUUUUAUGUGGAUAUUCCUCUGGAUGAAUAUUACAAGAGUAAAUCCCAAAAUGAAAAUAAGGAACAACAUUUGAGGCUUUACUUCUUUGUUGGAAAGGAGCUUGCUAAAAAUUGUGAAUUUGAAUUUAUGAACAAUAAUAAUCCGAACAGGGUUGUAACAAUCACCCAAGAUGAAACUCCGCAAUUUACUUCCAAAUAUUUCCUUGGUAAACUAAUUGGUUCUAAGGGUAAACAUAUUGCAGAGCUGGUUAUGAACUUUCCAUCAGUUUCUAUGGGAACUUCAGAACAGACAUUUAUUGUAUUUGGAUCUUAUCAUGAAGUGGGAACAAUCAAUGAUUUGCUCAUUCGAGAAAAGGAGGUUAAAAUCACUCAGGAACAAUACAAUAAGAUUUCACACAGAUCCAGCCAUAUCAAAUAUCGUUCAGGAUGUGAAUAUAUCAAAUUCCCAAUUGCCACCACUACCACUACACCUACUGAUCCAACAACUGUAAGCAUUCUCUUAGGAGGAGGUAAAAGGGCAAUUGCAAAAGCCGAACAAGUUAUCCAACAAUUUAUCACCAACGCCACCAUCACUCAGUAAAUUCAUAUCACAACAAAUCUUUGUUUUCCUCAUAUGGUUCUGAAAUCGAAAGUUCAUAAAUAAAAAUAAUAAAAUUAAUAAACCACAAGAGGGAGUUAUUUACAAUCUAAACUGGUACAGAAACAUGCCCUAAUCAUGUUUAAGAUAGCGAGGAAUAAGUGAUCACACUGCAACCCCGACGGCCUCUGGUCUCCAUUGAUCUUCGAAAGGAGAAAGGGCAACUUACCACCCCAGCUGGUUUGGUUACUGUUAUUUCCUCGUCGGCUAGCUGGUGUGGUGGUUGUCUUUUUAAUUUUGAUCAUCUUUAAAGGAAUGGUUUGUAAUCAUUGGUGAAUAUUAAUCUCUUAUUGCAUUUCAUAGCCAAUUUGGAAUUUUGGUCCAAGUUGGGGAGGCGUUUUAAUGUCCACACAACAAUUUGGUCACAUUGCAAGUUCUUGAUAAGGUGUGAAACUUCACAUAUUUCGUUUAGAAUAACAGUCCUCAAUUCCAAGCUCGUUCGACUGAAUAUUUUGCUUGCCUCUUCAUUGAGAGUGAAUCGAAUAAUUCUCAAGUUUGUUAAAUUGGAGUGUGAGAGAUAGUAAGCUGAUUUCUCAGGAUUUUCAAAAUCAAUUUCCAAGCAUUUCAGGUUUCUAAGAUUUCCAUUAGAAAUAAUUUCACUUCCAGCAUCAUUAAUUCCUGAAAUUGUUAAAUGAAUGAUAUUUUCCAAUUUCGAAAUAUGUCUAACAGCUUCCAAAUCGCCAACAUUACUUGCUUCCAAGUGUCGUAAUUGCAAGAGUUGACCAAUAUUGGAAAAAUCCAUUUCGUAACAGUUUCUAAUAAUUAGAGUUUUCAAUCCAACGAAUUUGGAAAUGAUUACUGGCAAUUCGUAUACAUAAUAAAAUUCCAAAUGCUCUAAUUGAGGCAUUUCUAUAU